AUGUUUACUUCUAACGGUACCCGUGAAUUCCUCAAAAAAAUCCGACCUUGCUUUGGUUUGCUGAUUAGUACUACCAAGCCUUUUAGCUCUGAAAGAAUUAUUAAACAGAAAAAACUCGUCAAGAAAACCCAUAAAAAUAAUAAGAAAUCUCCGAAAUUAUCGGUCAGGAAAGAAAAUGUAGAGCCUAAAGUUUAUAUGAGGGACAUGAUUGCAAAAAUAUACAAUGUUUUGAAGUAUUCUACUUGGGAUUCUGCUCAAGAGCAGUUGGAAAAUCUCUCUAUUAAAUGGGAUUCUUACACGGUCAACCAAGUUCUCAAGACUCAUCCUCCAAUGGAAAAGGCAUGGCUGUUUUUCAAUUGGGCUUCAGGGAGGAAAAACUUUAAACACGAUCAAUAUACUUAUACUACAAUGCUGGAUAUUUUUGGGGAAGCUAGGAGGAUUUCAUCAAUGAAGUAUGUCUUUCAACAAAUGCAAGAGAAAGGGAUUAAGAUUGAUGUAGUUACUUACACUUCUCUAUUGCAUUGGAUGUCCAAUGAUGGGGAUGUUGAUGGGGCGGUUAAGUUGUGGGAGGAGAUGAAACUUAAAGGGUGUCAUCCAACAGUUGUAUCAUACACUGCUUACAUGAAGAUUUUGUUUGAUCACAAAAGAGUGAAGGAGGCCACUGAGGUGUACAAGGAAAUGCUUCAAUCUGGCUUGUCCCCCAAUUGUUACACAUACACAGUCUUAAUGGAGCAUCUUGCUCGCUCUGGAAAAUUUGAUGAAGCUCUGGAGGUAUUUAACAAAAUGCAAGAGGCUGGCGUACAACCUGACAAAGCUACUUGCAAUAUUUUGGUUGAGAUAUGCUGCAGAACUGGGGAGACAUGGGCAAUGUUGAAAAUUCUUCAAUACAUGAAGGAAAAUUUCCUUGUCCUACGGUAUCCUGUAUAUCAAAAAGCACUUGAAACUUUUAAAAUGGCUGGUGAAAGUUAUGAGAUUCUUAGGCAAGUUAAUCGGCACUUUGUUAUAGAACAUUUCAAAGAGGAAAAGACUGAUAAAUUUGGUGAAACUGCUAGGGUUAACUGUUCCAAUGUGGAUAGUGGAUUUGUGUUGAAUUUAAUCAAUAAGCAGAAUCUUGUUGCUGUCGACUAUUUACUUGCUGACAUGAUGGACAAGGGUGUGCGAUUAGACUCUAAGAUAAUCUCAACAAUUAUUGAGCUAAACAGUACUAAUGGUAGACGGAAUAGUGCUUUAUUUGCAUUUGAAUAUGGUGUGAAGUUUGGGUUAAAUAUUGAUAGAAUUGCAUAUAUUGCCUUAAUAGGCUUAUCCAUAAGAACAAAUUCAUUUUCAAAGGCUGUGGAGAUUGUUGAGGAAAUGGUUAGGGAAGGUCAUUCUCUCGGAACACAACAAAGUGCUCUUCUUAUAUAUCAUCUUGGCUGCAACAGAGAUCCUGUUUCUGCUGCAAAAAUAUUUAGUGUAUUGCCUGAUGGAGAGAAAAACACUGCUACUUAUACUGCCCUAAUUGGUGCCUACUUCUCUUCUGGGAAUGUUAACAAGGGAUUUGAAACCCUCCAAAUUAUGAAAAAUGAAGGCAUUAAUGUUGCAUUAGGAACAUAUUACGUUUUAGUUGAUGGUCUUGAAAAAUGUGGUAGAGUUUUUGAGUUAGAGUUUUAUUGGAAGGAAAUGAAGAGAAUGCAAGCUAAGAGCAAUUUGCAAACUGUUUCAAUAGAGGAAACCAUAUUGGCUACUAAUUUGCCAUUCAGACAGAAAGAAUUUAUUGAUAUGAGGAGAAAGAUACACCUGGAGCAGAUGAGUAGUCAAAGUAAAAGUAAAGCUAUAGCUAAAGCUAAAGCUAAAGGAGGAUUCAAGAGAUAUCUGGGAUCUGUUCUUAAAAUGCUAUGGUUUUGGUCAAUUAAAUAG